AUGGCCACGAUAAAUACGAUAAAACGAUACCUGGCGCUAUGCCUCUGGAACGACGUGGCAAAGUAUCAAGAAUUGGAUGUGUUCUGCAACAACGAGCUGAUGGGCAAGGAUUUCUCGAUGAAGUUUAUCCGGAUGACGAGGUGGCGCCAAAAAGCCGCCGACGCCCCGCUCGAGUUAGAAUAUCGACAGCAUUUGGAUUUU